GUGGGGAUUCACCUGGUUUUCACUGUAAUAACCACUAACAGCAAGAGCAGCGAAUUUUCAGUUUUUCACCAACUAGCGUUUAGUGCGUUACAGUGUUUCCUUUUGGUUUUUUCACAAUUUUCGGGCAGAGUUUUUGAGAAAUUUUCAAAAGAAUUCCAUUCCUACUUGUCCUUAACGUUGAGAUCUGCGGUUUUUUUGAAUCCGUUAAUACAACAGAUAAUCGGAUUAAGUUCGAUUGGUGAAAAAUUAUGAAUUUCUGUUAGAAAAAAUUAAAAUUUUUGACUGUGAAAAUACAGAAAGAUGAAUCGUGCGUGUUUACUUCGUUUUUUAACAACUUUGGCAAUUGCGGCGACGACCCUUGCCGUUGAAUAUUCAGAGAAUAUUCCUGUUGUGGACUUUCGGAUACUCGAUCGAGUUGACGAUGUCAACUAUGAUGGCACUGAUACAGCUACGGAAUUGGUUACGGAUGAGAGUUCAAUAUCCACCACAGAAAAUGCAACAGACUCUAUUACCGAAUCUACAUCUGAAUUCACAACUAAUUCUACCAUAAAUAUUAUUACCAAUGCUACAUCUGAAUCUACGACAGAUUCUCCAACAGAAUCGACGACGGAUUCUGGAAUAGAAUCCACAACAGAUUCGGCAGCGGAAAGCACGACAGAUUCUGCAACAGAAUCCACCACAGACUCUAUUACAGAAACCCCGACUGACUCUACAACGGAAUCCACGACAGAUUUUAUAACAGAAACUAUGACUGAUUCUCUAACGGAAACCACAACCGAUUCUGUAAUGGCAACCACGACCGAUUCUGUGAUGGAAACCACGACCGAUUCUGUAACGGAAACUACGACUGAGUCUGCAACAGAAACCACGACAAAUUCUAUAACGGAAACCACAACCGAUUCUGCAACGGCAACCACGACCGAUUCUGUAACGGAAACUACGACUGAGUCUGCGACAGAAUCUACAACUGACUCAGCAACAGAAACCACAACUGAUUCUGCAACAGAAUCUACGACCGAUUCUGCAUCUGAAACUACAACCGAUUCUGUAAUGGAAACCACGACAGAUUCUGUAACGGAAACCACGACUGUUUCUGUAACGGAAACUACGACCGAUUCUGCAACAGAAUCCACAACUGAUCCUGCAACAGAAUCCACGACCGAUUCAGCAACAGAAACCACGACCGAUUCUGUAACGGAAACUACGACUGAGUCUGCAACAGAAACCACGACAAAUUCUAUAACGGAAACCACAACCGAUUCUGCAACGGCAACCACGACCGAUUCUGUAACGGAAACUACGACUGAGUCUGCAACAGAAACCACGACAAAUUCUAUAACGGAAACCACAACCGAUUCUGCAACGGCAACCACGACCGAUUCUGUAACGGAAACUACGACUGAGUCUACGACCGAUUCUGCAACAGAAUCCACAACUGAUCCUGCAACAGAAUCCACGACCGAUUCUGCAACAGAAACCACGACCGAUUCUGCAACAGAAUCCACAACUGAUCCUGCAACAGAAUCCACGACCGAUUCUGCAACAGAAACCACGACCGAUUCUGUAACGGAAACUACGACCGAUUCUGCAACAGAAACCACGACCGAUUCUGCAACAGAAUCCACAACUGAUCCUGCAACAGAAUCCACGACCGAUUCUGCAACAGAAACCACGACCGAUUCUGUAACGGAAACUACGACCGAUUCUGCAGCAGAAUCCACAACUGAUUCUGCAACAGAAACCACGACCGAUUCUACAACGGAAACCACGACAGAUUCUGUAACCGAAACCACAACCGAUUCUGCAACAGAAACCACGACUGUUUCUGUAACGGAAACUACGACCGACUCUGCAACAGAAUCCACAACCGAUUCUGCAUCUAAAACCACGACCGAUUCUGCAUCUGAAACAACGACCGAUUCUACAACGGAAACCACGACAGAUUCUGUAACCGAAACCACAACCGAUUCUGUAACGGAAACUACGACCGACUCUGCAACAGAAUCCACAACUGAUUCUGCAGCAGAAUCCACGACCGAUUCUGCAUCUGAAACAACGACCGAUUCUACAACGGAAACCACGACAGAUUCUGUAACCGAAACCACAACCGAUUCUGUAACGGAAACCACGACUGUUUCUGUAACGGAACCUACGACCGACUCUGCAACAGAAUCCACAACUGAUUCUGCAGCAGAAUCCACGACCGAUUCUGCAUCUGAAACCACGACCGAUUCUGUAACCGAAGAGAACUCAGAAACAACUACUGAGGAUUCACGGACGACGCAAGCCACACCGGAUUACACAUGGUCAAUUCAUGAUUCAACCACUGGAGUGGCCUGUACUCUGGCUACCAUGUCAAUCACGAUAUCAGUCCCCUACACGAAAACGGACGGAACGGCAUCUUCCACCAAUCUGGAGGUACCGUCAACUGCAGUACCAACCGGAAGUUGCGACACUGAAGAUUCCUACAUGACUCUGUCAUGGUUUUAUACAGAAGCUACGUCAACCAACACUCUUACAUUUACAUUCACCAGCGAUGCCUCUCAAUUCGCCGUGGAUAGUAUUCGAAGCAGUCUUUACCUAGAUGAUACAAAUUUCGAAGAUGCGGCAGAAGCCUCAUUACAAUCGAACAGUACCACAGGCUUGAAUCUAUUCUCGGCGCCCUUAAACACUGGAAUUUACGUAUGCAGCGUCCCGACUCAGGUGACCCUCAACAAUAUCACACUAACCAUUAGCAGCGUAUCCUUCAUUGCCUUCAAUAUGAAUUCGGAUUACUCAAUGAGAUCAGAGAAAAAUUGCAUAGUCGAAGCGUCAUUCAACGUCAUUGCUGUAGUCGCUGGGGUAAUCGGUGUUAUAGUAGCAAUUGGAAUUAUAUCCUUCUUCGUCUGGUUUUGCAGAAGAGAAACAGACUUGCGUUCUGAAUUGCCAUAAGAGAAGAAAUUAUUUCCUAAAAAUAUCUUUUUUUUUUUUUAAUUACAUUUGUAAAUAAUUCAUGGACACUGAUAUUAGGCAGCGCUCGAAAUUGUUUUUAACCAAAAAAAAAUCAACAGAAUAGGAAAAGUGUUUAUUGCUGUGAAAAAAUAGCUCACUGAGAUUUGCGUCGGUCGUAACAUAACUAUUGUAAAUAUUCGAUUAGGGCUACGAGCAUGAUAAGCGACUACCAUAUAACAUACAUAUACCCGAGACGUUGCUCACCAGCCCUAUCAUUCUCACAAGCCAUAAGACGCAUACAUGACAGUAUUGUACUAUUUAUUCAAAAAGAGGUUAAUCGUCCUGUGAAUUUGCCAUACGUGUAGAAUAGUCAUUAUUUAUAUCGUAAAAUUUUUAUUAAAUUAUGAACCACAUUAUAAGUCCAGGGUAACUCUAUAUCCUGUUACUAAUAAAUUAUCUCUAGCCUAGCUUAAAGUAUCCAUUCCCCUGGAUAUUAAAACUACUGCUCUCAGUAUCCAAACACAUGGCGCUGGGAAAAUAUUCUUUAAUUGCAUUCACCACGAUCGAAGCAUUUUACCAUAGGGACCCUAAAGUCUACUUCUCGUCACGGAUACGCCCAACGAUUAUUCGCUAAACUCUGACAUUUAUCGCGUCAUCUGUACCUAUCGUGUGAAUUUCAUGUACGAGCAUCGCGCAUGCGCACAGACGGACUAGCUCUUACUGUGGAAUAUGGAAUUCUUACACGAGGAAGGGUUUGCAGGCAGGCAUUGGGGUAAACGUAAAUAGGGUGGAUACCAAAGGGUUAUGUAUAAAAAAAAUGGCCGCGUGUUGUACAAUAUUUCUUUUGUUAUUUAUAUCAUUUUAUUAUAGGACAAUUAAUUAGACCAUAUGAUAGUGAACUCUUCCUGGUUCACCCUUAUGGAAUUUAAAAUGUAAAGGAUCCACCCUCAGUUUAGCACCUGGAUAUCACAUAUCGGAUAACAGAUGCUUGCUUCCGGGACUGAUAUACGUGAUAUGGUCCUUUUUUAUUAUUUUUAUUUUAUCAAUCCUAUAUAUUAUUCAAUUUGGAUAGAUACGUGUAAUUAGAUUGAACAAGGGACAUACGGUUUAUGAGUGUAUACUAAUUAUGACUAUAUUUACAGUGUGUAUAUACAUAUAUAUAUUGCCCCAUAAAAAUUAUUGAACCCAUCAAAUGGGACCGUUUAACCAGGAUUUUCUCACGAUACGUAUUGCUAUUUCCUGGGUCAUAGUUCACGCGUCAUCGAUUCCGCACUUGAAAAAAAAAUCUAUUUUGCAAUUAUCUUAUCGGAUGAUUGCAACGGUUCCCACGAGUAUUUUUGGGAUUAGUUUCACAUUCUGUGGAUACGUGUCAGGCUGACGUUAACUGUAUUGAUAAGGAAGAAAAGAAUUUAAUGAAUAUUUCAAAUGAAUGAUAUUGAAUAUAUUCUUGAAUAUUUUCAAAAAAAAAUAUUUUUUGGUUAUUCGAAAAAUUUGUUUAAAAAAUUAUUAGCUAUAUUAUUUUUCUUUGCUUUACCUUAUCUGUCAUAUGAGCUGAUACUGUUAGGUAUAUAUCACGGUACUUGUGCUGUAAACAAUUGUUCAUUAAUUCUGUAACCCAUCCUCAGUCCCAUAUGCCACACAGUGUAUGUACACUAUAAACACAGGAAGCACGUGUUUUACGUGCGUGCUUACUUCCGAUUGGCGUUGCGUGCUUCAUUAGAACGUAUGCCUAAGUGCGCUGUCACUACGUCACUGUCCCGUGGAAGAAUCAUAAAAUCGUGUUGAUUAGUAUAAAACAAUAGUUGAAGGGAAUAGAAAAAAAAUGUCAAAAAGAAAUUGUU